UUGAUAAGUUCUUGUCAGAAAGAAGCAGUGAAGUCAGAAAGGUUGCAACUAGUUCUUGGGCAUUUAAUUAUUACAUCAUUUAUUUGACUGUACGCGUGAUCGGUUUGUCUAUAUUUGUUACAGUACUGUUUCCAUCCAUGUUUCCCAUUGACUAUUCUUGUUCGUGGCGUCCGACAACAAACAAAAAAAUCUUUGUUAAACAAUAUAAUUCUUCCUCGAUAUAACGAGACAUUCGUUAAUUGUAAAAUUCGCGAUGGUAACAGUGAAUGGUGGAUUAAAUUUGUUGUAGCUGUUGAUGUUUUAUCGAUAAUAAUGACGAUAUGUCAACUAAUAUACCUAUUAAAUGAGGCCAGUAAUGACAAUUUUUUCACAUCAGAUAAGGAGUUUUUCACGGUAUACCUCUUUUCAAAACGUGCAGAGUUUCGAAAUUGGAUAAAAGAAAUAAAAAAAUAAACCUCACUUGAACAAAUUAUUAAAUAUUCACGAUAACGUAGGCAAGGCACAAAUGUCUGUGCAAAAUCUUGAAAAUAUUUAUGUGAACGUCAUAAUGCAAGCUGAAAGACAAUUAAGUAAAGCUUACCCAGAAACGCAUGAAAGGCACGAGAUCCUUCAUUGUCAUUUCAAACCUAAUGAAAGUGCGAAAAAACUAACAAGAGCAACUGACAUUUUUAAGCCACUUCCAAAUAGCAAGUCGUAUCCUAGCUCCAUUUUAGUCAUCGGAAGGCCAGGAAUUGGUAAAACUAUGUUGACGAAAAAACUUAUUCAUGAAUGGAAGACAAAUGAAGACGACUUUUGGCGCAAUAAGCUGGUCAUUUUAUUGCAAUGUCGUGCGAUUAAAGAGAAGUACAUUACUUUUAAAAAAAUGUUAAGAAGUUGCGUUGGAUUUUCAUUUGAACAGUUUUCAGAUAUUUACGAAUUCAUAAUGUUAAAUCCUGAAAGAACUGUUCUUAUGGUCGACGGUCUUGAUGAAUUAUCUUUAGAUAAUGAAGAUAUUCAAACUGACGACUCAGGGUCCCCUAAUGAAAAAAGGCACGUCAUUACACACUUAAGUAUGCUAGUUGAAGGUAAACUAUUGCCUGAUGUUACUGUUCUUAUUACAUCACGACCCACAGCUGAACGUAAAUUUAGAGAUAUGGAAUUCGCGAGGACAGUUGAAAUCAUGGGCUUUUUUGAGAAUGAGAUAAAAGAAUUCGUGGAAAAGUUUUGUCAUGAAGAUAGAAAUAUUGCUGACCGUAUUCUAAAUAAGAUUGAAAUUUCUCUUGAACUUCGCAGCUUUUGUUAUAUCCCUAUUAACACUAAAAUUGUUUGUAUGACCUUAAAGGAAUGUUUUGCAGAUGAUGAAAACUACAGUCCAAAGACUAUGACUGAAUUGUACGAUAGAGCAAUUAAAGUUUUACUAUGGCAAAGCCAUCCACUUCUCAGGGGCAAGACUACAGAAAAGGAUUACUUGAGAAUUCCUUUACCAUCCGAGCUUGAUAAAGAUCUACAAGAAAUAAAAUAUGUUGCCAUGGAAGGGCUUAAAGACGGACGCCUGAUUUUUGAAAGAAAAAGUAACAGUAACUUUAAAAAUCUGGAAAACUGUGGCAUUUUCAAUAAGAUUUAUGAUGAUGAACGCCAUCUUUACUGUUUUCUUCAUUUGACUCUUCAAGAGUUUUUUGCAGCGUGGUAUAUUGUUGACGAUUGGCAAAACAUUGGAAAGUUUUUGGAUGAUCAUGUUCAAGAUCCUAAAUGGCAUUUGGUAAUCGAAUUUGCUGCUGGUUUGGUUGGAAAUGAAAAGAAAGAGAAGGGAAAAGAUAUCAGCGUUAUUCUAGAGAGGUUAGAAAGUUGGAUGUCACAUUUAUUUUUCUCUGAUGGUAAUAAAGCACUUGGUUUUCUUGGAAUGAAGUGCUUUUACGAAUUACAAGACGACGAUGAGAUGAGAUCAGCUUGCGAGUCAAAUAAUUUUUCUGAAACAAUAUCCAUUGAGAACGUUUCUUUCACGCCUCUUGAUUCAAACGCCUUCUUUGAAUUUCUCUCUGAAUGCCGAAAAUUAAGAAAACUCGCGUUUUUUUCAUGCCAAUUUCCUGAUAAUCAUAGCGUCAUUAGAUUGUCAAAAUAUUUGACAAAUGCAACAGCAUGCAAUGUAUUUUCUUUGAAAAUCAUCUCCUGUUCUGUUAAAAAUAUAUCAAAACAUCUUAGUGAAGCUUUAAAAAGUGAAAAUUGUAAACUUAGUGAAUUGGAAAUUAGAAAAAACAAUAUAGGUGAAGAAGGUGCUAAAUAUCUUAGUAAAGCUUUAAAAAGUGAGAAUUCUAAACUUACUAAAUUAAUUAUCAAUGGCAACAACAUGGGUGAUAAAUGUGCAAAAUAUUUUAGUGAAGCUCUGACAAGUGAGAAUUGUAAACUUACUGAAUUGUCUCUUAGUCGUAACGAACUAGCAGCUGGAGGUGCUAAGUAUCUUAGUGAAGCUUUAAAAAGUGAGACUUGUAAACUUACUAAAUUGUCUCUUGAUUAUAACAAUAUAGGUAAAGAAGGGGCAAAAUCUCUUAGUGAAGCUUUAAAUUAUGAGAAUUGUAAACUUACUAAAUUAAUUAUCAAUGGUAACAAGAUAGAUUAUAAGGGUGCAAAAUAUUUUAGUGAAGCUUUGAAAACUGAGAAUUGUAAACUUGCUGAAUUGUCUCUUGAAGAUAACAGUAUAGCAGCUGAAGGUGCAAAGUAUCUUAGUGAAGCUUUAAAAAGUGGAAAUUGUAAACUAAGUGAAUUGGAUAUUCGUUUUAAUAAACUUAAAGAUCAAGGUGCUAAUUUGCUUAUUCAAGCUACGAAAGAUGAGAACUGUAAACUUACUAAAUUGAAGAUUUGUGGCAACAAUAUAAGUAAAAAUAGUGCUAAAUCUUUUACUGAAGCUUUAAAAAGUCAAAAUUGUAAACUUACUGAACUUGACGUUCACUUUCACACACUAAACAAUGAAAAUACAAAAUCUCUUAGCAAAGCUUUAAAAAGCGAGAAUUGUAAAUACACUGAACUCUAUAUUCUUAAAGACUUUCUAACUGCGAAAGAGGCUAAAUGUUUGAGCAAAGCUUUAAUAAGUGAGUAUUGUAAACUGAUCAAAUUGGAUAUUAUUCAUACUAAAAUAACAGCUGAAGGUGCGAAGUAUCUUAGUGAAGCUUUGAAAAGUGAGAAUUGUAAACUUACCGAAUUAUCUCUUGAAUAUAACAAUAUAGAUGAUGAAGGUGCAAAAUCUCUUAGUGAAGCUUUGAAAAGUGAGAAUUGUAAGCUUACUGAGUUGGAUCUUUCUUAUAACAUGAUAGGUGAUGAAGGUGCAAAAUCACUUAGUGAAGCUUUGAAAAGUGAGAAUUGUAAGCUUACUGAAUUGGAUCUUUCUCAUAACAGUAUAGGUGACGAAGGUGAAAAAUCUCUUAGUGAAGCUUUGAAAAGUGAGAAUUGUAAACUUACUGAAUUGUGUCUUUCUUAUAACAAGAUAGGUGAUGAAGGUGCCAAAUCUCUUAGUGAAGCUUUGAAAAGUGAGAAUUGUAAACUUAGUAAAUUGUCUCUUUCUGAUAACAAUAUAGGUGAUGGAGGUGCAAAAUCUCUUAGUGAAGCUUUGAAAAGUGAGAAUUGUAAGCUUAGUGAAGUGGUUCUUUCUCAUAACAGUAUAGGUGAUGACGGUGCAAAAUCUCUUAGUGAAGCUUUGAAAAGUGAGAAUUGUAGGCUUACUGAAUUGGAUCUUUCUCAUAACAGUAUAGGUGAUGACGGUGCAAAAUCUCUUAGUGAAGCUUUGAAAAGUGAGAAUUGUAAACUUACUAAAUUGUCUCUUAGGAUUAACAAUAUAGGUGAUGAAGGUGCAAAAUCUCUUAGUGAAGCUUUGAAAAGUGAGAAUUGUAACCUCACUAAAUUGAAUCUAAGUGUUAACAAUUUGGGUCAUGAGGGUGCAAAAUCUCUUAGUGAAGCUUUGAAAAGUGAGAAUUGUAAACUUACUUAAUUGGAUCUUUCUCAUAACAGUAUAGGUGAUGACGGUGCAAAAUCUCUUAGUGAAGCUUUGAAAAGUGAGAAUUGUAAACUUACUAAAUUGUCU